GAUCAAUUCCUCCCAAUCCCAUCAUAAAACCCUUCAAAACCCAUGCCCUCAGACUCCAUCAAAGGUUUCUGCAGAAAAACGAAAAUGGCUACUCAUCUCUUCACUCGCUCUCUCUUGGUCAGACCUACUACCAUCAACAAAAGCUUAGUUUCUCUUCUCUCGCGCUACUUCUCUUCCCUUCCAUCAACAUCUCCUGGUUCUCGCUCUUUCUGUUUUCUCCGUUCUCUUCGCCCACUCUUCACGGCUACAAAUUUUGUGUCCUCUAAUUCCCGGGCCCUCACAACCCGUUCUUUCUCAACCCGUACUACGACGUCAUCGCUCAACGAUCCAAGCCCUAACUGGUCUAAUCGGCCUCCAAAAGAGACGAUCCUGCUGGAUGGGUGCGACUUUGAGCACUGGCUUGUGGUUAUGGAGAAACCAGAGGGUGACCCUACUAGGGAUGAGAUUAUUGAUUACUAUAUCAAAACCCUUGCUCAAAUCGUAGGCAGUGAGGAAGAAGCAAGGAUGAAGAUCUAUUCAGUUUCAACCAGGUGCUACUAUGCAUUUGGAGCACUUGUGUCUGAAGAGCUCUCUUACAAGAUCAAAGAGUUGCCCAAGGUUCGAUGGGUUCUUCCUGAUUCAUACUUGGAUGUGAAAAACAAAGAUUAUGGAGGGGAGCCAUUCAUCAAUGGGCAAGCUGUUCCUUAUGAUCCGAAGUACCACGAGGAAUGGAUAAAGAACAAUGCUAGGGCAAAUGAGAGAAAUAGGCGCAAUGAUAGGCCUCGGAACUUUGAUCGCUCAAGAAACUAUGAAAGAAGAAGGGAAAACAUGCAGAACCGAGAUUUUCAGAGCACAAGAGCGGCUCCAAUGGAUAAUCAGGCAGUAAACAUGAGUGGACCAGGUGGACCUCCACCACCCCCGCCUCACAACUACUCGGCUGGACCUCCACCACCAGCUCCUCAAAACUACUCAGCUGGACCUCCACCACCCCCUCCUCAAAACUACUCAGGUGGUUCUCCACCACCCCCUCCUCACAGCUACUCGGCUGGACCUCCACCACCACCUCAUAGCUACUCGGGGGGACCUCCACCACCACCUCCUCACAGCUAUUCGGGGGGACCUCCACCACCUAACAACUAUGCACCACCACCUAACAGCUACCGCCCACCACCACCAAACAAUUACCCGCCACCGCCAAGCAUGCCAAAUUCUGGAUGGUCCAAUAACAUGCCUGGGAACAUGCAGCAGAACUUCCAGAAUGGUCCCACCAAUAGAGGCAUGCCUCACCAAAAUGCACCUUCCAACUACCAGAACUACAAUGGAAACAGGGAUUGAGUAGACACUAGGCAUGGAAGGAGGAAAUUUUUGGUUAUGGGUUGUAUUUGAUAACGUAUCGGUCACAAUGUUUAGUUUCCUGAUGAUAUUCUGCAUGGUGCUACUUGUCUGAUCAAUUUUAAAAAUAGAAUUCAAUUUGUAGUAUCUGUUUCAACCUGCUUAUUGGAUGCUCAAAAAAUUACUCUUCUACUUUCA